CCGGAGGCGCCCAUGACGCCGCCGGCGGGGUCGCUGUGAUGCCGUCGGGGCCCCGCCGCGGUCACAAAGCCGGGCCUGCCGGGCGGGGAAGGAGGAGGAAGCCUGGCCGGCCAGCCCGGCCUCGCCGCCUGGACGGAGCCGCUCAGGGCAGCCCUGCCGACCUGCCCGUCUCCUCCUGCAGCCGGAGCCCUUUAGAGAGCCGCCUCGCUGAUCGGGCGCGAUGUCGGACAUCCUCCUCAACCUGGACACGGUCCUCCCCCAGCCGGCCCAGAAGAGCUCCGAGGGCAACAAGAAGCACCAGCGCUUCGUCAAGCGGCGGCAGUUCCUGGAGCGGAAGGGCUUCCUGAAGCAGAAGCAGCUGCCCGCCCAGCCGCCCCUGCCCAGGCGGGAUGCCUCCCUCGGCUGCCGUGGGGGGCCCGGCCGGGCCAAGAAGAAGCAGAGGACGGAGGCGGAAGAGGGCACCGAGGCCUCGCCAGAGGCAGGGCCCCCUUGCCGACCCAAAACGCUGGCCAAGGAGAGCUCCGGUUCGGGAGCUGUGGACCCCGGACGCUGGACUUCCAGCUCCUCGGUGGCUGCGUCGGCCUCCAGGAAAACGGGGAGCGGUGCUGGGAAGCCCAACGGGACCCUCUGCAGCCGGGGGGAUGUUCCCCGAGUGGGGCGGCUGGACGAGUUCAAGAGUGGCCUCCCCGACGCACCGGUGGUAGCCAAGCCUAGCAAGAUGGUGGCCAUUGACUGUGAGAUGGUGGGCACAGGGCCCGGUGGGCGCAAUAGUGACCUGGCUCGAUGCAGCGUGGUUGGCUACUAUGGCGAUGUGAUGUACGAUAAGUACAUCCGUCCCCUGAGCCCCAUCACCAACUACCGGACCCGGUGGAGUGGCAUCAGGCAGCACCACAUGAGAGACGCCGUCCCCUUCAAGCUGGCCCAGAAAGAGAUUCUUAAGCUUCUCUCGGGGAAGGUUGUCAUUGGCCACGCGAUCCACAACGACUUCAAGGCCCUCAAAUAUUUCCAUCCCAAAUCCUUGACCAGGGACACUUCAAAAAUCCCCCUGCUCAAUCGGAAGGCUGGCUUCCCUGAGAACGAGUCAGCUUCCCUGAAGCGACUCACCAAGCAGCUCCUGCACCGAGACAUUCAGGUUGGUCACAACGGACACUCGUCGGUCGAAGAUGCCCGGGCCACCAUGGAGCUGUACAAGGUGAUUGAGGUAGAGUGGGAGAGGCACUUGGCCACCUCCCCCCUCCAGGACGGACCGCCAGGCACCACCACGUGACGGCCCUGGGCCAAGAGCCAGCUGGCCUGGACCCGAUGGAGCGAGAGCUGCAGAUGCUGCAGAAGCUUUUGGAGGGAGGGGCAGAGGAGGGGAAGAAGGCGUAGCGGAUCUGAGGGGUGGGGUGGGUUGAGAAGGACGCGUCCAUUACAUCGUCUCCAGCUGAGGCCCACUUUGGUGUGUUCCUUGCAGGCUUCUUGGGAGCCGGUCUUGCCCUGAGGUGGGGAGGAAGGCCUCUGCCUCCCAGAGCUCUAGGGGUGCCGGUGCCUCCCCAGAGGUGGGGUUGGGAGCGGGAGUGGGGCCACAGCCACGGAGGGUUUCCUCAACCGGUGGGGUUCGUGGGCACAACCCUCCCAACGCCAACCUCCUCUGUGCUGAAGGCUGGCGCUUUCGUGGAGGCUCGGGACCUCCAGCCGGCUGAGCCUGCCUUGCUGAAAGGCACGUGGACAGUGACCCCGGAAGUUGCUCCCCUCUUCUGGAGGUUGGGGGCACCCCGGCUGCAGGGACCACCGGGAUUGCACCCUUCAGCAGCAGCAGCAGCAGCCUGGGAGCCGCCUCGGGCCCUGUGAGGCAAAGAGGCCCUUCUGGUCGGCCGCUUCAGCUGCAGCGGCAGGAUCGGGCCCUCCAAGACUUUCGCUGGGACCUCCCGUCAUCAGAGCAGCCUUCCGAUCGUGGCCCAUUGUCUCAAAACAGGGGAGGGGCCUGGUUUUUAUGGCUUGGAUUGGGGGGGGGGGGGGCGGGGGGGGGGGCAGCGGUAGAAGUCGCGUAACUUGUGCGCUUGGUGUGGGGGAUGUAAAGGGG